AUGCGGCUUUCGCACUGGCUGAAACUAGAUAAAAAGAUUAUUUCGCAGAAACCAGAGGAUGUCUCGAAACCUCUUUGUUUUUUCUUUCAUACAAAAUUCUUCCCUGAAGAUGUUGAACAGGAACUGAUUCAGGCGACAACUCGUCGUUUAUUCUACUUGAGCGUUAAAGCUACGAUUUUGAAUAGAAGCGAAUCUAAUAUGAAUGGAAAUUGCUUCGGCGAUCUUUGUCCAUCCCUAGAUGUGGCCAUUUUACUCGCUUCACUAGCCUCACAGGCAGAGUAUGGUGAUCUUUGUGAAGACGAGCUUAGUGACACAGAAGAAUUAACCUACUUACCACGUCGAAUCCUCAGACUAAUUCCAGCUCAACUUUGGACACAGAUACAGUCUACGCAAGGCGUAACUCAGAAAUUUCGAGAGUACUAUAAAUCCCAUAAGGGAAUGAAUCGAGAUAAAGCGGAACUUCAAUAUCUUAAAGUAGCCCAGAUGCAUCAUCUUUUCGGUGUGGAUUUUUUCCCUAUUGUUUGUGUACGAAUGAAAUGCCCACGGAUGUUAAAUCUACACAAUAAGUGCCACACAAAUGCUUGGCUUGGUGUUACAGCUGCAGGUCUUCAGUUGUACGGAAAGUGCCAACGUGAUCCACCACAGUUUACGUUUCCUUGGAAUUUGAUAAAAAACGUUUCAUACCGGGAACGCAAGUUCACGAUAAAGCUGACCAGUACCUGGCGUGGGACAAGUAAACCUAGUCACAGUACCUCCACUACAGCUGCAACUUCUAUGCCUACAGGACUGAAUGAAACCUGCGGACAGGCUGUUAUUUCACUAAGAGUAAGCCAACCCAGUCGAAGUCCAUUAAUAAGUGUCAGUGGACAAACUUUUGUUGGUCUUACUGUAGGUUCCAGCGCUGGUGGCAGUGGUACAUCUGCUGCAAGUUUGCCAAGUACUCCCAUUUCAGCUCGUCUUGUGCCGUCCGUACCACCAAUCUCUCCGAAUAUGCUGGAUACUUCUGUUAACCUUUCAUCUCCCCGAGGCACUUCCAGGUUUGAUUCAUGUGAUCCUGUACAGCAGCUUGGUGCUUCGAAAGGUCGUGCUAAAGUCUUCGAACUAGGUUCACGUUGCAUUCCUGGUUUAUCUGCCAAAUCAUCUCGGUACUCGGCUAAUGAGUUGGCAGUUAUCGGUAGUAGUGUAAACUGUCUUCGUGUUCCUCAAGCUCAACCUUUGGAAAAUAAUAUUGGGGUGUCACUAUCAUCCAAAACUUCUUACAAUCCAUCUCAAUCAAACUCGGCGACUGUGUUAAUCAGCGUUGUUGAAGUUUGGUUAGCGGAUCCCAAUCAAGCUAAAACAGUCAUGUCUAUGUGCGCUGGUAACCACUCAUUGUUUAUGAGACGCCGUCAACCUGACAGUAUUGAAGUUCAGCAGAUGAGAGCUCAAGCAAGGGAAGAAAGGGCCAGACGAGAGGUUGAACGUGCACGGCUUGCCAAAGCACGUGCUGAGAAAGCUGAGGCUUUGGAAGCUAAAAUAGCUUUAGAAGCUCGAUGUGCUCAGUUAGAAGAAGCUUUAAGACAUCGUCAAAAACAAAAGUCAUACACUUCUGAUAAUCGCCAUUUGCCCGCUAAAAGUCGUUUAAAGGAUAUCUAUGAUGCUGACUCACCUCACUCUUAUACCUCUCAACGCCUACCUAAUGAGUACAACUCCAAAGUCGCUUUCAGUUCUAUGAAGGAGGGUAAUCAGGAGGAUAUUAGAAUUGUUGGUGUGCCUAUAUGUAAAAACUGUAGAUGAUGAAGAUGACGAUCGGAAAUCUGGUUCCAAUGUUGUUGAAGAUGGUGAUAAAACUACAAGCGACACUAGAAAUCAUGGUCAAUGUGAAGAUUACUUUGAUGAAUAUUCUUUCUUUCCACCAGCGAAAACUUCAGAUAGGAACUCAGUAAAUCAUGAAAAAUCUUGGAAUGAUGGCGUGCCAAUAGACGAG